AGUACCAACUAAUCCUGCUCGUCACCCUCAUAUUCAUCAGUUCCAUUUCUAGAAGAUUUCUUUCAACACUUCUUCUCACACUGAUUAUCUCUUGCUCCAUUCCUUCUCUCUAUUAAUUUGAUUAUAUAUUUUUUUUAAUUUCUCAAGUGUGUUUUAUUUGUAGAACAUAUAUUCUUAUCAUUCGUGAAUAAAUUGAUUAAGAUAAGCUAGACAUCUUCUUAAUAUAGUUGAUUCCUGGACUAACGAUUGUUGAUGAUAUUAUUAUGCUUGUGCUUCAAUGAAGAGGAAAUUUCUGGAAGGACUGACUCAAGGUACAAUGCCCAGACACCACCGAUCCAGCGACGACGAAUGGGACGACGACACGGAGGACGGAUGCCAGAAAGGUGGGGGCGGGGGAGGCCAGCAGCGGAACGCGGCCAACGCACGCGAGCGAGCGCGAAUGCGCGUCCUGUCGAAGGCGUUCUGCCGCCUCAAAACCACCCUGCCCUGGGUGCCCGCCGACACCAAACUCUCCAAGCUGGACACCCUGAGACUCGCCACCAGCUACAUCGCCCAUCUGCGGGCUGUCCUCUGUCUCGACGACCAGCCUGCAUCGUCGCCUCUAGCCACCGUUCAUCCUCUCAACUUGACAUGGCCGUUCAGCUUCCAAACACCAGUUGUGUCGCCAGGGAGCAACGGGACAACUGUCGGCAUCAACAGUGACUGCAGCAGCGGCAAUUGGGCAUCAGACCAACGACACGACCGAACCAGAACCGAACCGUACUACGAGCGAACGUCGCACGACCGGUCGGCAACUGCGACAGGCGACUAUUGCAACGGCCAGCGACACAUCUUCAGAGACCAGCCGAUCACUUCAUUCCACGCAAACUCAUAUCACGAUCCGCUCAUGCAGAUCGGAUGAAAUAUCGCUCAUAUGAGUGGGUCGCACCAGGACUACCUAAAUACUAGUAUACCGUACUGUAUAUUAGUAGUAUAUCGUAUACCGAUAAUACUAGUAAACCGUACUGUAUAUUUAGUAGUAUAUAGGAGGUCCUGGUUGUACCAAAGAAGCAAAAAUAUCGAAGACACCAAAGACAAAGCUUAUAUUAUAUUUCUACAAGAUGGAACAAACUGAGAUCAACUAUCUUGACGAGUUAUAAAAAAAAAAGAUUAAACCAAACAAUAAUCAAAUCAACAAAUUAAUAUCGUUAUAAUUUUUAGAUUUUUUUGUAAGACUCAUUUUUCGAAUUGAUCUGAAACGAAUUGAAUUGAAACUUGAGAUUCUGGAUACAUACUUGAAUGCAAUCAUGAAAAACUAAUAGGCCUAUCCUUGUAAUAUGUUUAAAUUGAACACAACUAAUUCCGACAUUUUUCGAAAAAGGACACUUGAGAGUAAAUGCCUUAGUAUCAAAACUAUUAGCGUUUAUUUUGAAUAUAUUACAAGGGGGUAGGUACUAGUUAUUUUCCAUUAGGUAAAACAAUUAUAUUCAUAUUAGCCUACUUGUAAAUAGACAAAGAAUAAUAAAAACUGUAUGUAUCACAAUAAUUGCUUGACUUUUAUUUAAAUUGGAUAAAACGUAACUUUCAUGUUGUUCUCAUAGUUAAAAUUGUUUUCAUGUUCCAUUGUAAUAACUUGGCUGUUUAUGGUUUAUGGGAUGUUGAUAAUGGCAGCUAAACAAAGCUGAUGAGAUAAACUGAAAAGAAAGGCUUUUCAACACCAGUUAGUCAAGACAAGACAAGACAUGAUCAGACACAAUACUUCAUAUAGUUGCUCAUGGAGACAUGUCUAAUAUAUUGCAAUGACUAAUCGGUGUGUGUUGCGUCAUAAGCAACUAUGUGAAGUAUUGUGACUAAUCGUGACUAGCCUUGUCUUGACUAACUGGUGUGUGCCCACCCUAAGUGAUUUUGCUAUAAAUUCCUGCUCUUAUACUCAAGUCAUGUUAUUAUAUUCUAUCAAAACCAUUUGAUAUGAUUGUCCUUCAUUUCGUCAAUUCUAAAUUAGUUCAGUUUCGAUGAUAAAAAAAAAAAUAAAAAUCAGUACCACCGGUAUCGAUGUUUAGCAGUAUAUAGUAGCUCUUAUUCAAAUGUUAGCAUCUCAAUUCUACAAACAGUAGGACCGAUGUGACGACUAUUUGUGGGGAUGGCGAGGGAUGAAAAAAGGAGGGAAUUCAUCUUCCCCUACAGUAGGUCUUAGUCACAAACGAAUCCUUUAAAAACAAACUAAAUAAGUGUUGUAGUGGGUCUUGUAUUGGAAUGGGUCGUGUGAAACAGGAAUUGUUGUUUUUCACGUCACUCAACUAACUGCUCCAAAGGGUUCCUUUUACGACUUUAUGGGUUGUAAGUGAAUAACAAACCAAUAAUUAUAUACGGUACUCUAAAAUUGUUUCAAAGAUUAAAACGCAAAAAGCUAUGUGUCUUAGGGUAUGAAAGAGAAAUUUUCUCGACAAAAACUUGAAAAAGUUACAGAAUUCCGAAAAUAGAAUCAUGGAGAAAAGAUAGUAUAGGUCUACUCUCUUUUCUGAAUAGGGCUACU